UAGUUGAACGAUGCCGCAUCUCCGUGUACGCGCGUAUUGGCAGUGCAGGACAUGGACGACGAGCUCCGCUCCCCGUGCUCUAUCUACUUCCCGCCGUCGCCCCCUUCCCAGUUCUCGCCAGUCGACCUCGAGAGCAGCCACCAGUUUCUCGAGUUCGACUCCUGCGAGGUCCCUGAGCAAUGGCUGCUCGGCGAUAUCAUGGUGGCAGCCAAGAACGAGGACGGAAACCUAUGGCCCGCGGGGUCCUUGGUCUCCCCGGACUCCGAGCUCCCCGAGCUGCCGCCGGAGAGCCUCUCGGUCUCGACGUCCUCAACGCCGCGGGCGGCGACGAAGCGGCGUGGGCGGAAGCCCGGGCCCCGCCCCGAGGGGCCCCUUGUCAGCCACGUGGAGGCGGAGCGGCAACGCCGCGACAAGCUGAACCGCCGUUUUUGCGACCUCCGCGCUGCCGUGCCCACCGUGUCCCGCAUGGACAAGGCGUCCCUCCUCGCCGACGCCGCCGCCUACAUCGCCGAGCUGCGCGGCCGCGUUGCGCGGCUCGAGGAUGAGAGCAAGCAGGUGACCGCCGCGAGGUGGGAGACGAGCGCAGCUUACCACGGCGGCGGCGCUUCCUUCCAGAACCUCCAUGCUGGCGACGAGGCGGUGGAGGUGCGGAUGGUGGGGCGGGACGCGGCGGCGCUGCGCGUGACGACGGCAGCGGGAUCCGCCCCGCACGCGCCGGCGCGGCUGAUGGGCGCGCUCCGGUCGCUGGAGCUGCCGGUGCAGCACGCGUGCGUGAGCCGCGUGCUGGGCGUCACCGUGCAAGAUGUCGUCGUGGAGGUGCCGGCCGCGCUGCAGCACGACGACGGCGCAGCACUCCGCUCCGCGCUACUCCAGCGGCUACACGACAGCGCCUAAAGGCUAGAGCUCCCCAAUGUUUUCACGUGAACAGAUUCAGUUCAAGACAAACUCCUACGUACGAUCGAUGCCAUGGUAAAUCUGUUCUCCUGCUUUCUGUUGCCCGUGGAAUAAGUCAAGCAAUUUCAUCCAUUCAUCGCUCGAUCGGCUCCAAGAUCUGUAACAAAGACCGAUGUACGAGUAGGUUUGUGUGGAUCGAUAUGUAGGGUUUGUGCCAGGCCCUGCUGCGGUGUACGCACGCAUGCGUGUACUAUUAUGCUUGUUAUUAUAUUGUUUAUUUUAAUUUUUUAGGGAAGCUAUUGUGAAAUACACUAUGUCCACAUGUAU